AUUCUAGUAUCACUACAAGGCUUUAAAACACGCAGCGUCACAAGGCAUCACAAGGUAUCACAAAGUAUCACAAGGUAUCACAAAGUAUCACAAGGCAUCACAAAGUAUCACAAGGUAUCACAAGGUAUCACAAGGCAUCACAAAGUAUCACAAGGUAUCACAAAGUAUCACAGAGUAUCACAAGGCAUCACAAAGUAUCACAAAGUAUCACAAGGCAUCACAGAGUAUCACAAGGUAUCACAAAGUAUCACAAGGCAUCACAAAGUAUCACAAGGUAUCACAAAGUAUCACAAAGUAUCACAAAGUAUCACAAGGUAUCACAAAGUAUCACAAGGCAUCACAAAGUAUCACAAGGUAUCACAAAGUAUCACAGAGUAUCGCAAGGUAUCACAAAGUAUCACAAGGUAUCACAAAGUAUCACAAGGCAUCACAAAGUAUCACAAAGUAUCACAGAGUAUCACAAAGUAUCACAAGGUAUCACAAAGUAUCACAAAGUAUCACAAAGUAUCACAAGGCAUCACAAAGUAUCACAAGGCAUCACAAAGUAUCACAAAGUAUCACAGAGUAUCACAAAGUAUCACAAGGUAUCACAAAGUAUCACAAAGUAUCACAAAGUAUCACAAGGUAUCACAAGGUAUCACAAAGUAUCACAAAGUAUCACAGAGUAUCACAAAGUAUCACAAGGUAUCACAAGGUAUCACAAAGUAUCACAAAGUAUCACAAGGUAUCACAGAGUAUCACAAAGUAUCACAAAGUAUCACAAGGUAUCACGGAGUAUCAAAAGGUAUCACAAGGUAUCAGAGUAUCAUAAGGUAUCACAAAGUAUCACAGAGUAUCACAGAGUAUCACAAAGUAUCACAAGGUAUCACAAGGUAUCAUAAAGUAUCACAAAGUAUCACAAAGUAUCACAAGGUAUCACAGAGUAUCACAAAGUAUCACAAGGUAUCACGGAGUAUCAAAAGGUAUCACAAGGUAUCAGAGUAUCAUAAGGUAUCACAAAGUAUCACAGAGUAUCACAGAGUAUCACAAAGUAUCACAAGGUAUCACAGAGUAUCACAAGGUAUCACAAGGUAUCACAAAGUAUCACAAGGCAUCACAAAGUAUCACAAGGCAUCACAAAGUAUCACAAGGUAUCACAAAGUAUCACAAAGUAUCACAAAGUAUCACAAGGUAUCACAAAGUAUCACAAGGCAUCACAAAGUAUCACAAGGUAUCACAAAGUAUCACAAAGUAUCACAAGGUAUCACAAAGUAUCACAAGGCAUCACAA